GUGUACACCACCCCACUCGCGUUUUCGUUAUGGCUGUGUUAGCUUCGUGAAGCUAAGCUGGUUCGAUUUAAUCAAAGUCAGCAUAGUUAUACUUGCCAUCUUGCCAUUAUUUUUUAUAAUUUAAGCACAUUUAUGCAGCGGCACCGUCCAUAUUACAAAAACGAAGAUGACAUCUAAAAUAAAAGUUGGGAAGGUCGGCUCCAAGAAUAAGGAGGAUGCUCCUUAUGAAUUGGAGAGCCAGUUUGUCCUGAGGCUUCCUUCGGAGUAUGCUUCAACAGUAAGGAGGAUUGCCCAGUCCAGCAGUAUGAACAUGAAAGACAGACUCACCAUUGAGUUGCACCCCGAUGGUCGUCAUGGCAUAGUGAGGGUAGACCGUGUCCCUCUCGCCUGCAAACUAGUGGACCUGCCCUGUAUGAUUGAGUCUCUGAAAACAGUGGACAAGAAGACAUUUUACAAGACUGCUGAUGUCUGCCAGAUGCUGGUAUGUACACUAGAUGGAGACCUUUACCCUCCUUUAGAGGAGCCAACUGGCACCGACCCCAAGAGCAAGAAGAAGGACAAAGACAAGGACAAGAAAUUCAUUUGGAACCACGGCAUCACCUGCCCUCUGAAGAACACACGCAAGAGGAGAUUUCGGAAGACUGCGAAAAAGAAGUACAUUGAAUCUCCUGAUGUGGAAAAGGAGGUGAAGAGAUUGCUGAGCACAGACGCUGAGGCUGUCAGCGUCCGGUGGGAAAUCAUAGCAGAGGAUGAGUCCAAGGAAGCAGAUCAACACGGUUCUCUGGCCAACCUGGACUCCUCACCCGGCACCUCAGGACACAAGAUGGGUCAUGGCUCCUCUGCCCAGCGUGAUGAACUGCGGGAGAUCUUCAACGACAUCAGCAGCUCCAGUGAGGAUGAAGAGGACGAAGGGGACCGGCACGAGGAUGAGGACCUGAAUAUCAUGGACACGGAGGAUGAUCUUGUCCGACAGCUCCAAGACAAACUCAACGAGUCUGAUUCUGCACAGCACGAAAGCGAUAGAAACAACCAGAUAGUUAUGGAGUUUCAGGUGCAGAUCAACAGCGUCAAGGCCAAGCUUCAAGAAACCCGCGCCCGUAAGAAACAGCAGGAGGAGCUCAUUAUGAAAGUGGAAAACCAGGCCCUCAAAAACCGCUUCCAAGCUUUGUUGGAUGAGAUUAUUCAGCAGGAGGAGCGGGAGAUGGAGCAGCUGGCCUCCCUGCAGGAGCAGCUGGACUCACUGAUAGAGAAGUGACCACCAGGGGGCAGCCUCAUGUCAUCUUCAGCCACACAUAAACACUGAGAAGAGGAGGAGAAGAACCUUCAUCCAGGGGGGAGGGAGUCUUUAUUAGCUGACUUGCUGUGUCAUUCCUUUCAGUUUGCCUUGUUAAACAUUACACAUACACAUAUUUCUGUAUUAAAAGGCAGUGUUUUUUUAUUAAGUUGACUAAAUUUGUUGUUAGUUACUGUAUGAUUAAAGUGUAUGUGUGGCUUCACAGAAUAUUGUGUCUGUAUUGCUUAUCAACUUAAAGCUAAAUGUACUCUCACCCUCAGCUCAUCCUCUUUGUAUUUCAACAUGAAUAAUAAAUUACAGUAACACACAAGUGUCAAAGAA